AUCAACAGACACGGGCACCAAAACGGCCAGUAUGUUGAGCGUGUUAAUUUAACCCGACGCAGUGUUGUCCACAUACCUAUAUGAGUACUCAGUAGUCUGUGUUGCAUUGCAUGCGUUAACGCCAAACGUUUUUUUAUUUUUCUUGGAGCGUCAGUAACUUGUGAAUUUUAAGUUGGCAGCAAGCUUUGGUUUUUUUCGUUUUUUUUCCAAAGUCUUGUGCACUUAGCCGCGCAUGUUACUGCCCAGUGCAGUUCCGAAAUCUUUAAAUUUUCUUAUUGCGAACUCGGAUGUGUGUGUCCUUGGAGUUGUUUAGACCCUCGUAUUUUAGUGUGUAUUGUAAACAGUAAACUGUAAACAGCAACCAUGGUCUGACUCCCUACUGAAUCUCAGACCUGUGAAAUUAUGUUGCGCGACCAUUUUGGUUCUGCGUUUAUUCCCCACAUUGGUCCCACGACGUGAAGUUUGAUGACGGAAGGCUGCCUGCGUUUAGGUGGCCUCGGUGACAGGAGAGCAUGGGCAGGAAUGCUAAGUUUUUUACCCAGUCGGACGGAUGGGAAUCGGAUUCGCAGAGCACUCCCAUCGCGCACGCCGCCCUCACUCCCCAUCCCGCCACAACCAGCAUCAACGGCAGUAUGGGCAACAGUGGGAAUGCAGUGUAUCGGUUUGGCAAGAGAGUUAUCGGGCAGCGUCACAAUUCGGGCACUUCGACGUUCCGUUCACGAUUGCUGCUAAAACAUGGCACCUACAACAUUACGGGGAAAAACAUUCCCCAGCGACGGGUUCGGCUGGUAUCCGAUUUAUGGAAUACGCUGAUUGACCUCAAGUGGAGGUUUAUUUUGAUUCUUUUUAUGUUAAGCUUCGUCAUUUCGUGGGCUUUAUUUGCCGUCAUAUUUUACGUCAUUGCUUCUGCACACGGAGACCUGGAGCGAAGCAAUCAGGAAGAUUGGAAACCCUGUAUAAAAAAUUUGGAAAGUUUUACGGCUGCGUUUCUAUAUUCUGUAGAAAGCCAGCAUACAAUUGGUUAUGGAUUUCGUUACACCACAGAAGAAUGUGCCGAAGCGAUUAUUUUUAUGUGUCUUCAGGCUGCCGUGGGGGUAGCCUUGCAAGCAUUUAUGGUGGGGGUUGUUUUCGCUAAAGUUCAGUUGCCAAAAAAGAGGGCACAAACCUUGCUUUUCAGUGAAAAAGCCGUCAUAUGCAGCCGUGAUGGAAAAUUAUGUUUACUCUUCCGCAUUGGCAACAUGCGCCGGAGCUUGAUAAUUCAGUCAAGUGUGAGAGCGCAGCUUGUUCAUCAUCGAAAAACUAUCGAAGGCGAACUACUACCAUUUCAUCAACAUGAAAUGAGUAUUCAGCUAGAUUCCAUGAGUGGAAGCGCCUUUCUGGCAUGGCCAGUCACUGCUUGUCAUGUAAUUACACCAACCAGCCCGAUCUAUGAUCUCAGUAGGAAAUCUUUGGAACGCGCCAAAUUCGAAAUGAUAGUUAUUCUCGAAGGUGUGAUUGAAUCCACGGGUAUGGUGACACAGGCGCGGACCUCGUAUGUGCCAGAAGAAAUUUUAUGGGGUCAUCGGUUUUCUCGGUUGCUGACUUAUCGAAAAGAAAGUGGACAGUACGUUGUCGAUUUUGACCGGUUUCAAGCUGUGGAGUUUGUCCCGAAUAUGCCCGAUUGUUCGGCAAGAGAGCUUGAUAUGAUUAAACAUGCCAGUGUUCCGGAUAACUAUCAAGAUGAGCAGCAAAAUGAUGGUCGAGCUGCUGCGGAGAACACUCCUCCUAGUCCUAGUUUGCAGCGGGCAGUGUCUGCCGUCGGUAUGCAUUCUCCGAGUGCGAUUGUUCCUGGUCUCAAUGAUCCCGGCCAUAGUUCUCAUUCGGUUGUUCCCGACUCACUGUCUCCUCGUCGGACAAGUGUACAAUUUUCUGCCCCGGUGAUACGUGUACAUGAUGCUCAUUAUCACGAUAAAAUGGAGUAUUAGAGUUGCGGGAUGAAAAGUUGACCUCCAGUUUCAAGUUUUGGCUGUAAUCCUAGUGGAGGUUUCUUUUUACUGAUAAUGUUAAGGUGGGGUUGCGGCUUUCAGCAAAAUUGUUUGUUGAUUUCUGAGGUAGAAAACACAGCUUUUGUGCUGUUAAAUCAAAAUUACAUAGUGUACUUUUAUCAUUCCGCUGUCUGAUUGUAAGUUCCGGUGAAAUCAUUUUGAUGAAGAGUGGAGCGGAAAUGAGCAAUAUUUUUAACCAGUGAUAUUUUUCUUCUGCUGCUUUUAUGAACUGCUUGUGAGUGUUAACUGUCUCUGAGAAAUACAUUAAAAAACGCUUUCGG